UGAUUGUUGUGCAGCAGCAAGCUCUCCUUCAUUCGUUUGUUUGCGCAGCAGUGUGUCAGAAGGAUUUUUUUCUUUUCAAUCUUUUUGGCGAAGGUGAAGGUGAAAACAUUGGUUAGAAGUUUAGAAAAAUUGCGAUUAUGUGCGAUAAACGGACGUAUUUGCGUCGUUAUUGUUGAUCAAUCGCUCGUACUGUAGCCACCGAAAGCGGCGGAAGUGGAAGCAGCUGGAAGUUGACGGUUUGGGAGGUGGUUUUGAGCUGGUGAAAAAGUGGGUUAAAAUGAUGUCAUCAGCCAUCAGUGCUGAUUUCUUGCUCCAUGUAAAAUGACGGAUCAAUGCAGUAAACGGUGGAUGGUAGUGAGAAAAUGAUGACUCUGUGAUGUGUAGUAGAUAGUGAUAAUAUUUUGUGAUUUUUGCUGACACGUAGAUUGUUAUUGUUACAGACGAUUGUGUUAACGAGGAAGAUCUGUUGUUUUUUGUUGCAAAGUAGUGAUACAUUCGGAAGACGUAGUGUAGAUAAAGCAGCGCAAGCAGCUGUGUUUUUACUUGGUGAGUGGGGUGUAAAAAUAGAACAGAAGUACUAGUAGUGUGCUUCGCAUAUUGAACCCAAGUUCAUCUUCCUGCCAAUUCAGGUCAGGAGUGGAUUUGUUGGUGAUAAACAGUGAGUCGAACACGUCAGCAGGAUGGUGUUCGAGAGCAUUGUCGCCGAUGUGCUCAACCGGUUUGUCGGCGAAUAUGUGGAGAAUCUGGAUAAGAAGCAGCUCAAGAUUGGAAUAUGGGGUGGCGAUGUCGUACUGAACAACUUGAUCCUGAAGCAGAGCGCCCUCAAGGAGCUAGACCUACCGGUGACCACCCUCUACGGCCAUCUCGGUAAACUGGUCCUGAAAAUCCCGUGGAAGAACCUCUACAGCGCCCCCGUAGAGGCCAUAGUGGACAAACUGUACAUCCUAGCCGUCCCCAACACUGACGUCCGCUACAAUGCCGAAAAAGAGGACAAGAACUCGUUCGAAGCGAAGAAAGCGGAACUGCUCCGCAUUGAGCAGGCGAAGAAAAGCGAAGAGGAAAAGGACAAACCAGUGGCCGACAAGACAUUUGCCGAAAAGCUGACCGCACAAAUUGUGAACAAUGUGCAGAUUCGGAUUUCCGAUAUCCACAUCCGGUACGAAGAUACCACCACUACGGGAUUUCCGUUUGCAUUCGGUGUGACGCUGAGCAAUCUAAGCGUUCAUACCACCGACAAAAAUUGGAUGCAAACGCUCGUUUCCGAAUCCGUUACCAAAAUCUACAAGGUGGCUCAGCUGGAGAUGCUGUCGGUGUACAUGAACUGCAACACCCAGCUGUUCCAGGAGCAAGAUCCGUCCAUGUACAAAGGGCUGUUCCAGGAGACCAUCGCUAGUAAGUGCCACCAGCCAGAAGGGUAUCACUACAUAUUUGGUCCCAUCAGUUCCGGAGCACGGUUGGAGAUGGUUCCGAAUCCGGAAUCGGAACAGUGCCCAUUUUCAUCGCCAAAGAUCAAGCUGAAUCUGUGUAUGGAAACGCUGGCGAUCGGCAUCACUAGGGUACAGUACCAGAAAACAAUGCAGCUGGUGGAGGCGUUCGGACGGAUGAUGCGUGCCAUGCCAUACCGGAAGUAUCGUCCGCAUGGGAUUUCCUACAAGAACAACUACAAGCAAUGGUGGAAGUUUGCGUACAAUUCUAUCCUGGAGGUAGAGGUACGACGGCGUCGCAGGAACUGGUCCUGGGACAAUAUGAAGCGGCACCGGGAGUAUUUGAAUUCCUAUGAGGAAGCGUACAAGGUACAGGUGACGGCUAAGAAGCUAACUCCGGAGAUAACGGCUCGGUCUGAGGAGUUGGAGAGGCUGCUGGAUUUGCACAAUAUCAUCGUAAUCAGGCAAAAGGUGGAACUGGAAGUGCAAAAGGAAGGGAAAAGGCAGGAAGCGGAACAAAAGACCGGUUGGUUUAGUUCUUGGUGGAGUGGAGGGGCCAAGAAGGCAGAGGAUGCAAAUAACACUACGGAUAUAAAGAAACAAUUCGAGGCUGCUAUGACGGCGGAUGAGAAGGCCAAGCUAUUCAAAGCGAUCGGAUACCAUGAGAGCGAUUCUCCGACGGAGCUUCCAGAGUAUUACAUUGCUCAAAUUUUACAGUUUGAACUGAAUUCCUUGGAGGUGUCGAUCAAAUCGGAAGUUUCGGUUGAUUCACAGGAGAGACUUGGCAGUCCGAAUCGAUUGCUGGAAAGGGUUAUGCUACUGGAAUUGAAGAAUGUAAAAUGCGGCGUCCAACAGAGGCCUUCCGCUGGUGCCAUGAAGGCUUCACUUCAGAUGGAAGAACUGACCAUCUCCGGCUUGAGACAAGGCGAUGUGCUCCCAACCAUGGUCCAAUCUCAACUGGAAGGAUCGGACACGCUGUUGGAUGUAUCGUUUGAAACCAACCCGGAGGAUAAGUUGUGUGACCAAAGAGUCGUGGUGACAUCACGACCACUGCAGAUAAUCUACGACGCAGAGACCAUAAUCCAGCUGGCGAAGGUGUUCACGACACCGAGGACGGCAACCAUUUCACAACUCACGGAUGCCGCGGCGGAAAAACUAGUCAACAUAAAGGAACGGUCGGCUACCGGUUUGCAGUAUGCCAUUGCCAAUCAUCCUCGGUUGGAGCUGAAUAUCGACAUCAGUCCCAGCUAUAUCAUUGUCCCCAACGGAGGUUUAUUCUGCAGCAGAGAAUCGGUGCUGGUGCUAAGCUUGGGAAAACUUUUGGUCCACACCGAACCACGACCGAUAAAUCAAAAAGACGUUCAUACGAUGCACGAGGAAGGUGCCAAUCAGGAGGAAAUCCUACGGGAAAUCAUCCGCCAAAGCUACGACAAAUUCGUUCUGGAAAUCCGCGACGUUCAGGCAAUCGUCGCCACCUUGGACGAAGACUGGCAGGGUACACUUCGGUGCAGUGCAGUGACCGAGAUGCACCUCUUGGAACCCACUUCGUUCCGCAUUUCUGCUCAUCUGUGCGUGCUUGACGACGACCCGCGGUUGCCGAAAUGUAAAAUCUUUGGCGAACUUCCGUCCGUUAACAUUUGCGUCACCGAACAGCGAGUGCUUGAAGCACUUUCGAUUGUCACGAGUCUUCCGCUGCCGGAAAGCGACGAAAUUCAGCCGGCCCCGAUAGCCAAGGACAACAAUGUAUUCAGCUCUAGUUUGUCGUUGUUGAAAUACUUGGACGACAAGCAACAGAAGCUGACCAAGAUCCAACGCCCGGUGGACAACCUGAACACCUCCGAUGCGUUGGAUGGAGAAGUGGUGCAAUUCAUCGAUUUGGAAGUGAGAUUUGUUCUGAACGAAUGUUCGUUGACCAUUUUCAAAAUCAGUGGUACAGGAAGCACCUCUUCGGACGUUUUUACCACUCCGACGGAGGAAUUCUCCCAGUCACCCCUGGAGCAGAGCCUGAUGCAACGGAAGAGUGUUACAUUUAAUGUUCCAUUUGCGCAUGCCAACUCCCGGAAAAUUGUGGCUUUCAAGGUGAAACAGCUGGAGAUGAACAUGGUCCAGCGGACUUACGAUUUGAAGGUGGAUUUGAAGCUCGGUGCCGUCACCUUGGACCAGUUCCGCGUUCGAAACGAGCAGGAGAAAGUACUGAACGUGAUUCAGACUCCCAAGUACGAAGAUGAUGAUGAUGAUUAUCUCUUCACGUUAAACUACACGAACUGUAAGAAAAAUAGUCCUGAGUUUGCAACCAAGUACGAAUCAGUCGAGCAGGAAGUCGGCAUCAACUUCUCCACUCUGGUUCUGUUGCUUCACGAGGAAGCAUUGAACGAAAUCAUUAGGCUCGCAAACGAUUUCCAAAUGCGCAUGGAUGCGGUUAUGAAUAGUAAGAAAGAACAGGACCGGCAGCAAUUUCCCCAGCGGGAUCGAAUUGCGACGAUCUAUGAAGAGGAGAGUACGGCUUCGGUGCUGCUGCAUGCGGCUAGGGAGAAGCUUCCCACGAUUAUGGAGGACGAUACGGUGACCGUUGGACAGCCGACGAAAGCAGCUAAUCGCAAACGACUAUCAAUUGUAGACAGCAUUAAGAUUCGAGUCGUGGCCAAGUUGGAGGAUGUCACCGUGGAGCUGCAGAACGAUAAGCGGUCGAUCGCUGUUUUGGAGGUUCAAAAUCUGACGAGCAGUGCGAUUGUGAAAUCGUCCUACACGGAGGUGAACAUCCGCCUGCAGGAUAUCGUCCUGAGGGAUACCAAUCCGGCAUCGAUUCACAAGAAGAUUCUAUCGAUCAUCGGAGACAAUGCACUGCAGGUGCAGGUCGUGUUGUUCGAUCUGGAAGCCACGUCGGAUUACAAUUCCGACGACAUGCGCGUCGCCGUGACGAUGGGUUGCGCCCGGAUAGUGUUCCUGAACUGGUUCGUCACCUCGGUGUUGGCGUUCCUGGACAACUUCCAAGCAGCGCAGGAACGGAUUAAGGAGGCAAGUGCGGCAGCUGCCGAGGCAGCGCGGAACAAUGUCGUUGAAGCGUACAGCAAAGCAACGCGGAUGAAGCUGGACAUCAAGGUGAAGGCUCCGAUCAUUGUCAUACCGGUGGACUCGAAGAGUUUAAAGGCGGUUGCGAUGGAUUUCGGUCACUUGAGCAUUACGAACAAUUUCCGGGAUAUUCCGACGGAGAACACCCACGGACCGGCGGUGAUCGAUGAGAUGAAGAUCGAACUGAAGGACAUGAAGCUCUCGAAGGUGGAAGUUUGUCCGUCCGAGGAGAGCCAGAUGUCGCAUCAGUCGCGGUACGGAUCGGAUGAUAUGAUCUACGGAAUUGUGCCGGAUCAGAGUGCGGUGCUUAGCCCGACCAGUUUUACGUUGAUCAUGAAGAGGAAUCUUUCCUCCGGAUGGUAUCGCGAUAGACCGGAUAUGGACAUUUCCGGACGAUUAAAGGCCGUUGAGCUCAAUUUCAUAGCGACGGAUUAUAGUGUGAUAAUGCAGAUUCUUUCCAAGAAUAUGACUGAAGGCCAGGACGAGUUCAAGAAGCCCGUUAUCAAAACUGAUAAAUCACCAACAAGCCCGCAGAUCAUUAAUUAUCCUACUUCCACCGCUGGCAUUUCUGCUCCCGAUGGUAAAACUAAUUGGUCUGCUGUAGCUAAGCGUGCCGCGGCGAAACCUUUCGGUGUGGAUGUGGUUCAGCUGAAGGUAAAGCAGGAAGCGGCUACCAAGGAGAAGGAAGCUACUAAGCAGAAGGUCGAUACUUUCCUCAAGUUUAGCUUCCAGAUCGAUAGCAUCAACAUCAAAUUGUUCACUACUCCCGAGCAGGGUUUGGCUGGUUUCGAGAUCUACUACUUGUCCCUGCAGGGCAAGAAGCUAACCGAUGGGUCUCUGAACACGGCGAUAAUUCUGUGCGACAUCCGGUUGGACGAUAUUCGACCGCAUCGGGAGAAUAUGCUGACACGCAUGAUGGAGCGGCGGUCGACUGACCCGAAGAUCAGCAUCGCCAGUGGGAGUGACGAUGAGGAAACGGCUGCCCUGAUGGCUCCACUUCACUCGAUGAUUGAUAUCACGUUCAACAUGAAGGAGAACGAUAUGUUUGCGGAUGUGAAAGUUUCCAGCUUCAAUUUGAUUCUGUCGGUGGAUUUCUUGCUGAAACUUCAGCAAUUUUUGCAACCAGAAGAACUGGUCGAGCAGAAGGCGAUCCAAGCGGCCGAGGAGCAAGCGAGGCGGGAACGGAAGUCCAGCACUUCUGUCUCUCCCGUUGAAAAAUCCGAAACCGGUCAGAUGACGGUCAUCAUCAAGAUUGAACAGCCGGACAUCAUUCUGGUGGAGAAGAUGGACGAUAUCAACUGUCACGCGCUGAUUCUGAACAACGAAAUCUCCCUGAACGUCCGUCUGGUGGGAGAGCGGCAAAUCAUCAAAGGCGAAUUAAAGGACCUUUGCCUGUACUACGCCGAAUUUAACCCGGAAAAACGCAACGAUACCAAGCACUUUGUCAUCUAUCCUUGCUCGGUCAGCCUGAAUGGGUCUACACCCGAAGGAAAGGGUUUGCAUUUGAGCUUGAACUCGACCAACAUCAAAAUCAGCGUAUCGCCCGCAGUCAUCGAACUGAUGCACAACGCCCUGCAGACGUUGACCGCAAACGAACAGAGCAAACUAGACGAAACGCAAGUGGAAGCUGACUACCGCGACCUGUGGGACAUCAAGAGCUACGAUCCGGAUGAUUUCUGGUUCAUCCGGCCGGAGCUGGCCGAAGAUGCGUUGAGUUUGGAAUCGCUGCGAACGAUCGAAAUCAAAGAAGAGAAGUGCAUGGUUGAAGUCCCGUCGAUAUCGUUGAUCAUCGAAACGGGAUUGGGUAUCAAUACGAUUCCGAUGCUGUUCAUCGAAACCAGCAUGCAGGCUGAGGUUUCCAACUGGAGUUCCGAUAUGAAGAUCAGCAGUUCUCUGCGGUUGAGCAUGUCCUACUACAACCAAGCACUGGCCCUUUGGGAGUACGUGAUUGAACCGAACGAGGUGGAGCAGCACCAUGGAAUAGUGGAAAAUGUUCCAUGGGAGUUGACGUUUGAGCUCGAAGUGGAUCACCAUGAGGAUCGCUCAAGGGACCCUACCACAAAAAUCAACGUCGCUUCUCGAGAUAGCUUGGAAAUGACCGUCACCAAGACCUGCCUGGAUGUGUUUCAAAAUUUGGGGAAAGCAUUCUCGGAGGCAAUCAAGCGAGAGGGUAUUGUUAAAGCGGAGAUCUUAGCUCCGUACACGGUUCAGAAUGACACUGGUCAGGACAUCAAGAUCAACUUCGUUGGAGGUGAUUUCACAAUCCAUUCGUCCCAUCUGCAAUCGGGUCGUGAAGACGAAAUGAUUGCCAUCGAGCAAAACGGUGAGCAGGAAAUAAAUAGUUGCAUUGUGAUGCCAAAUGGGCGGCUCAAUUUGGAACCCCGGGAAAAGGACACCGAACUUUCAAUGUUGACAGUGAUGCAGGACAACGAAAAUAGUGCUAAGAAGAAGUUCCUCAAGGUGAUUAUCGGUGACACGGAGAAAGAGCUGACGCUUCCCGUGUACAAGUCGGACAAGCGGUACUUCCCUCUUUUCCGGAAAACGGACCAGGAACCGUGGGCCAUCAUUUCCGAAGUGAAGAUCGAUCACGGUGCCACGGUGGUGGUGCUGCGGGGAAUCGUUCAAGUAUACAACCAUUUCACUGCCCCUAUCUACAUUCAUCAGAUUAUUGACCACGAGAAAUACAUGAUGGGCGAGGUCCGUCCAGGAGGAUUCUUCAACGUUCCGCUGUAUUUCCUGUACAACGACACCAAGGAUCUGCACUUUUCGAUGAAGGGUUACCAUUCAUCGGCUCAGGGAAUCAGCUGGAAGGAAUCGCCGAAUAAUCUGGAACUGAUCAAGUUGCUUCAGUGUGACCCGAUCAGGACUUUUGAAUCAUUUUACAUCAACGCCGUUCGCGAACGCCAUGACGUGUUCCACGAGGUUACGUCCAAGUACACAAUGUUGAGUGCAUGCUUCGAAAUCCACCUGCGGCCACCGUUGAUGCUGCGGAAUGCGCUGCCCAUCGGAUUGACCAUUUCGGUGGCCGGUUGUUCGGUGCGCCGGGAUAUGGAAGCGAACGUUAUCACCAGCUCAGAAAGCCUUUCCACCACUUCAACGAUCGUGGGUGAAGACUAUCUGGACUACGGGGAAAAACUGCUCCGUCCCGGCGAGCUGCUGCAUCUUCCAACGGUGAAAACCGCCGCCAGAUCGGCCACCGAAACGUCCUACAUUGUGGCGCGGCUUGUGAAUUACCUGGAAAAAGACUGGUCCUGCACGACGGAAAUUCCAGCACAGCCGCCGGAGUUUGGCGUGUGGACGUUCAACGCGUACGAUUCGGUGGAGGUUAUGUCGUUGCAGCUCGGCGUUAAGUUCGAGAAUCGCAUCGACGGGUUGACUCUGAUCGUGUACUGCCCCUUCUGGAUGCUCAAUAAGACCGGUUUGAUGCUCAGUUAUAGGGUUCGAAGGUCAAGCGUUUGUGAGAAGCUUUCCAAGAUCGGCUGUGGAUCCAGAGUGAGAAAACCUGGCGAUGAGAAUACCAACAUCCUCUACCAUCCACCGGAGUACGAAGGUCCCAUUUUAUUCUCGUUCCGGGAAAAGGCCUUCUUCGGCAAAAAGAAAGCCGCCAUCCGCGUGGAUACCGGCGAAUGGAGCGAGAAGUUCUCACUAGAUGUGGCCGGUUCGAGCGGUGUGAUUGGCUGCCAGGCUAAUCACAUGACUUACCAGAUUGGAGUUCAUAACACCUUGACCAAUAAUUCACUGACGAAGCAAAUCGUAUUCAUGCCGUACUUUGUGCUGAUCAACCAGGCUGACUUUGACGUGGAAGUGCAGGAACAUCUACGUCCGGGGGAUCCAUGGACGCGGGUCAAGGUGAACGAUUGCGUUCCCUUGUGGCCUAAAACGGAGGAAAACCAGAUGCUGCGGGUGAAAGCAGCCGAUCAUAGGGAAAUAACGGCUCCCUUCAAGUACACCGAAGUUCAGUGUACGUUACUGCAGCUGAAGAACCGCAACGGAGGCAUCAACGUAGACGUACACGUAACGGAAGGUGCUAUCUAUAUUACGUUUACUGGGUAUCACGCAGGUGACGCUCCGGCCCUGUUGAUCAACCACACGAACGAGGAGUUUGCGUUCAAGGAGAAGGGUGAUGUGAAUGGGAAGAUUUUGAUGCCGAACCAGAAGGUGUUGCACACCUGGAUCAAUCCGGCCGGUGAUCGGAAGAUCGUUUGGGACAGCGGAUCCAAGUUGAUUACGAUUGAGAACGAUCUACGACGGGACGAUAUUAGUGAGUUUAAAUCACCCACGGAUAAGGAUAUCUACUGGGUGUCGUUCCUGAAUGGGACGCAACGAGUGCUGCUGAUCACUGACAAUGCUAACAUCGCUUACGGAGUGCACAGUGCUAGCCGGUUGGAUCAGGUUACACAGGAGAUCAAGUUGGAAAUCCAUGGCGUUGGUUUAUCGCUCGUCAACAAUGUGAAGCAGUGUGAUCUGAUGUACAUUGGUAUUGCCAGCUCCGGAGUCAUUUGGGAAGAAUGCAAGCGCUCCGGUCGCUUCAAGCAAAUGAAGAUUCAGGAGACCUACUACGUCGAGAACGCUUACCAGCAAUACCUUCGGGAUGUUGAAGUAGGUGCAUCUUCCCACAAGAAGUACUACCUCGAAGGAGAAAAGCGUACCGAAGUCGACUUUUUCAACAGACUCAUCAAAAAGUCCACCGAGCGAGCCAUUAGGCGAACCUUUUAUCCGGGUUUGUGGUUCGAGAUCAAAUCAUCAUCCCAUCAGAUGCAGUUCCACGCCAAGAUCAAUCGCAUCCAAAUUGACAAUCAGCUGGCGGAUUGCAUUUUCCCGGUGGUGUUAGCGCCGAUUCCCCCACCGAAGAGUGUGGCCGCCAUGACCGAGUUUAAGCCGUUCAUCGAAAUGAGCAUGGUGCAGCGAAUCAUUCCGCAUUCGAAUGUGAAGCAGUUCAAGUAUCUGCGGGUGCUGAUGCAGGAGUUCCACAUCAAGGUGGAUCUGCUGUUUGUAAAUGAGAUCUUCGAGAUGAUCAGCACGGAAAUAACGGAAGCCGAGGCGAAACGUUUGUUCUUGGAAGAUCUGAAAGUCCAAACGCAACCACUGCACGCACACGUGGCCAUUCAAUCGCAGGUGGAGGUGAAGAACUUCUACGACAAUCUACAUCUGGGUCCACUGAAGAUUCACGUCAGCUUCUCCAUGGCCGGGUCGGAAUCGAAGGCUCUGCCGGGAAUUCUGUCGACCAUUCUUCAGGGAGUGGGAGUAACGCUAACCGAUAUCAACGAUGUGGUUUUCCGGUUGGCGUUCUUCGAGCGGGAGUUCCAGUUUCUAACGCAGAGGCAGCUGGUGUCGGAGUGCGUGACGCACUACAGUGGCCAGGCCGUGAAGCAACUGUAUGUGCUGGUACUGGGACUGGAUGUGAUCGGCAAUCCGUAUGGGUUGGUGGUUGGGUUCACCAAGGGCGUGGAAGAUCUGUUCUACGAACCAUUCCAGGGGGCGAUUCAAGGUCCAGGGGAAUUUGCUGAGGGUUUGGUGCUAGGUGUUCGAUCGCUGUUCGGGCAUACGGUUGGGGGUGCCGCGGGAGCCGUGUCCAAGAUCACCGGUGCCAUGGGUAAGGGUUUGGCAGCUUUAACGUUCGAUGACGACUACCAGAAGAAGCGACGGGAUGCAUUGAACAAAAAACCCGCUUCGCUACAGGAGGGAAUCGCUCGAAGCGGCAAGGGGCUUGUGAUGGGUGUGUUUGAUGGUGUGACCGGUGUCUUCACUAAACCAAUUAGUGGUGCCAAGGAGGAAGGUGUGGAAGGAUUCUUUAAGGGACUGGGCAAGGGAGCUGUCGGGUUGGUAGCGCGACCGAUUGCCGGUGUGACGGACUUUGCCAGUGGAAGCUUCGAUGCGGUUAAAAGAGCCACCGAACUGUCGGAUGAAGCCAUUCGGCUGAGACCGCCUCGGUUUCUGCACAAGGAUGGAAUUGUUAGGUCUUACAAUAAGAAGGAAGCGGAGGGGAAUAAGCUGUUGAAGGAUAUUGACAAGGGUAAAUUCACUGCGACGGAUACAUUUGCAUACUACGAGACUGUUAUUGAAAAUAGGGACGUUGUAGUGUUGACCGAUUGCCGCAUCAUCUAUGCUACCAAGAGCGACUUGUUCGGAGGCUGGCAGUGCGAAUGGUCCCACCGGUGGACGGAAAUUCUCAGCGUUUCUAUGCUGAACGACGGCAUCGAAAUAAUCCUACGAAACAAGGAUGGGAAAUCGGCCCUGAAGAAAAUGUUCAGCUCAUCGGCGAAUCAGAAGAAGGUCUUGCUGAUGUCGGUCACCUACCGUCGCGUUCGAUUGGCCGACGAGAUGGAACGCCUCCGGCAGAGAGCUGAAUGAUAAGAUGGCUUUACGCGAUCGUAAAACAGCUUUGCAUCCAAACAGUCAACAGUCUAGUCACUGCAGUACACCGUCAUAUACCUACCUAUAAUAUUUGCCAGUUCAAAGCCGGUACCCUAAAAGGUACCGAAUUUCCCAUCGCAGCGCUUCAAGUAUCAACAUUAUCUAUGGGAUGUAAUGAUAUCACCCGAAUUCGCCUUUGCGGCGGCCACUAAUCCACUACAACCCAUCAUUAUAUAAUUACAAAUAUUGUUAAAUUUUCAAUCGGUGGCGUAGCGAUCAUAUAUUUCAGCGAUUUCAGCGCAUAUUUAGCGGACAGCUACCGAGACAAAAAAAAAAGCAAAACAGAAGUGAUAUUUAUUCCAAUUAUCUCAGACGAAUAUUAUAUACGACCACGACAGACUAUAUACAUUAUUCAUCCGUGUAGCUAUUCAUAUUUGGCGGCUUUUAUUCGGGCCGCAGUAAGUUUUUCUCGUCAUCAUCGAUCGUUGCGAAUU